UUUUUGGUAUACAGCAUGAAAGGUCUGCUCUAUAGUCUUUCCCGAAUUAUCCCUCAACUGUGUCAAACCAAUCUUACGCGUGCCUUUUUCCUCGGUACAUGAACUUGGGCUGACCGAUUUAUAUCCUAGUAAUUCUCUAAUUUAACAGCAUGACGACGUGGACUAUUUAAAAAAAUUGUUGAACAGAAGCCACACAAUAACGUUCCUCUUUUAUUUUUGUAUGUUCUUGAGUUUUUUUUUUUUUGAAAUCUGUAGAGGAUGGAUUGAAUCUUAGAGCACUAACAUCCAUGAAGUUGCUAUUUAAGAAAAUGAUAGACCAAAAAAACAAAACUCAAAUGAAACUGAGAAUUUUUUUUUUGAAACUUUCAGAUGAGAGAUUGUAUUUCCCUUCUCUCCUUUACUUUCUUUUUCGUCACUUUAAAAAAAAAAUAUUUUAUCAGGACGAACUUGGUUGAUAGACGAAUGAUCUUAAGUAAUCUUUAAUUGUACGUGAAAUAAGAAACUGAGAAAUCGUUGAUGGAUUGAUGAGUAGAACCACUAAGAGAUGAUAAGGUAUACUAUGAUUAAAUACAAUCCACCAAUACUAAGAGAAGAUAUAUUUUCUAAUCCUACUUUUCAUGAUAUUAUUAGAAACAGCGACCAUUUCAAGCUUUGGCAACAAUAUUUACACACUACACAGUCAUUCGAAUACGCUUUUAACUUUUAAAACCAGAUUACUAUCAAUCAUUGUGUGAUCAAAACCUUGGUCACAAAUAAUUGGAAACCUUUGGGCUUUAUAUUUUAUUAAACAGUAUAAUUUAUUUUCUGGUGGACGGUGGAUCAUAUGCUAAUAAUUCCACAUUGUUAAAAUUUUAAUUAAAGCUAGAUAGUAAUUGAAACGUGGGGCCCCUUAAUUCAAGCUCCAACUCACAUGUGAUAGCCGACGAUUUCACAAUACAAUGUAUUUUCUUCUUCAUUAAUUUCAUAGCAAAUGUAAAGUAUUAUUAUAGUAUUUUCAUCUUUAGCUAUCAAUAGAAAAAAACGAAAAAUUGGACAAAAGUAUACAGUCUUGAAGAAGUAUAUCAGUCCCAUGCAUCCUCUUAGCAAACAAGACCACCUUCAUAAACAUAAACAUUUUUACGUAUAAGCAAAUUGAAAAAUCACCCAAGACUCUCUUUAUUCGAUUCUUAAAACAGUUCUCAACAUGCCGGAAGCUUCUCGCCGCUCAAAACCUCUCGCUGUCACUAUCUUCAUGGCGAUCGCGUUUCCGAUGAUGAUCAACGCAUUGGAUUCUUCAUCCGCAAGAAAACUCGACGAGGAACCAAUAAAAUGCACGCCUUGUCUCCAAAAGUCUCCUCCUCCUCCGUCACCUCCACCACCGUCUCCUUCUUGUCCUCCUCCACCACGGCCUCCUACUCCCCCGAAGACGUCUUACUGUCCGCCUCCUCCGUCGACUUACAUAUACAUGACGGGUCCACCAGGAGAGUUGUAUCCCGUUGACCAACAGUUUGGAGCGGCUGCUGCCAAGAGCUUUAGGGUCGUGAAGGUCUCUGGUCUGAUCGCGUUUGGAGUUAUGGGUUUCUUGAUGAGCAUGACUUAAUGGAUUUUCCAUCGUUAGUUCAUCGGUAUAAUUAUGUUCCUGAUAACUCAUAGUUAUUGUCGAGAAAUUAUCGAUUUACAUUAUGUUUUUAUCUCAAGUUAGGACCGAACUAUCAUUUUUCUCUGUACCAACAAUUCUAAUGAAUAUGCUUAUUUAUUUAUCUUGUGUUUACAGAGGUAUUUAUUCUGGAAGUAUGUGAUAUAUCCUCAAAAUGGAAUGUUUGUUGAAUGGUUAAAUAAAAUGUUUUUUCUUAAGGUUACAAAGUAGGCGUAGUUAGAGUUAAAAAUGCAAUUUAAGUAAUUAUGUGCGUAGAUGAAGUCUGGAUCCCAAUGUCGCAUUAUGUGACUAUUCUCCUAUUGUCCGACUUUGUUGUGAUGAUUUCCCACGCUGCACCAUUUCGAAUUCCCUGUCACUUUGAUUGAAAACCUAUCUUGCUUAACUUAUUUAACAGUAGUUUAUGCUUAUUGUCAAAGAGGAUAGGUAAUUCCAUUUUAUUAUUGUAUUGAACAAGAUUGAAUAAUGAAAGUAAGUUUGUGUUCAAAAAAAAACGAAAGUAAUUUUUUUUUCAUUUUUUUUAAGCUAU